AUGACCGCUAAUCCAUCCCCGUCGGAUAUCAGAAAGUCCAUCAAAGCUACAGCCGAAACCUUCUUGGCAUCAUUCGAAGACGGCUCAACUCAGAACGAUCCCGCCAUCAUCAACCGCACCCUAGCACCCGACUGCGCCCGCCACAUACUUCCUUCGUCCGUCUCUGAGGUCCUGGGCCUGCCGGCGGACUUCAGCAUCGACAAUGCGACAUUCCAAGGCGUCUUCGCAAAGGAUAUCAAAGUCCUCAAGUUCCGCAACGGCGUCAUCUCGAAUUUGGUCAUCGACACUGAGGCCCGCCUGGCUGCGUUCACGUCUGUCUUUGACGUUGUAGUAGUCAGCAGUGGAGAAACAUUCCCCUCUGAAGCCAGCUUCACCUUGUACUUCAACGAGGAUGGUUCCAAGAUCACGAAGGUGAUAGAGUUUUUGGAAAAGGAUUCAACUGUGAAGAUGGCAAACGUUCAUAAGUGA